UGUGAAGCUGGUUAUGUGUUUAUAAUCAGCGGUACAAGCAGUGAAGGGCAGGAGAACCCUGGAUUUUCUGUAGUUCCUGGGAUAUGCACAGUGUACCCAGCGCCACGCGGCUCUGGACUUGGCUCGAGUUUGAGUGCAAGCAUUUUCCAAUCCCCAAUAAAAAUCGGGAGUGAUAAAUCACAGAAUGGCUUGUGUUGCAGGAGACCUUAAAGCUCAUGUCGUUCCAUGCCGCUACCAUGGGCAGGGACACCUUCCACUAGAUAGGGGUUGGACACUAGACUGGGACUUGGACACUUCCAGGGAUGCGGCAGCCACAGUUUCUCCGGGUACCCUGUGCCAGAGCCUCCCCACCCUCACAGUACAGACUUGCUGACGGUCCGGCCCAGGCGGCCGCGCUGCUGUCGGACUGCAGCGCGGACGGGGACCGGGACCGGGAUGGGGGCAAAGAUCGGGGUCAGGAUCGGGGCCGGGAUCGGGGCCGGGAUCGUGGCUGGGGCCGGGGCCGGGGCCGGGAUCGGGAUCGCUGCCGGCGGGCAGGGCGGAUCCGCCCCUCUGGCCUUGCCCCCCCUUCCCCGCUCCGGCCAUGGCGGCGUGGCUGUGGCGGCUCUGCAACCUCCUCAUGGCCGCCUUCUUCGGGCUGGCGACCGCCGUGCAGGUGAACGACCCCGACGCGGGGCUGUGGACGAUAAUGGUGUUUGGAGGACCCUGUGUGACUUUCAUUCUGCUGGCUGUGUGAUUGGGACCAUUGCCUUGGCUUGCUCUUUGUUUGCUUACGCUCAAGGAAACAUUUUUCACGAAGAGGAAGGCAGAGAGUUGUUUGGUCUGGUAAUUAUUACAAUAUGGAUGAGUCUUUGUCGCAGUUCAGCAAAAUGCCCAAGCAGUAGCAGCUGGUGCUACAGUCUGGAGGAUCUCACACAGAUCAUUUCCUCAGGGCAGGAGGAAAUGUAAGGCUACACGAAACAUUUUUUUCUGCUCCCCUGCCAUAAUGGGGACACUUUCUCUUUGUAUAAGAUGCUUUUUUUUAUUCCAACUUGGUUUUGUAGCUGAGUUGUCAGAAAAUUAUUUUCUGCUGGCACAUGGUGUCUCUCCAGUAAAGGAUUCUGCUGAUGCAUCCACAGGAGCCACAUUAAAGUGGCUAAAGGCUCCCUGCUGUCUUUCCAGCUGCAGGCAGAUGUGAAUGUUUCAUAGCAGUUGUAGCAGUGGCCACAAAGGCCAAGGACAUCCUGGCUUGUACCAGCCAUAGUGUGGCAGCAGAACCAGAGCAGUGCCUGUCCCUGUGCUGGCACUGCUGAGGCACCUCCAAUCCUGAGGGCAGUUCUGGGCCCCUCAGACAAGACAUUGAGGGGCUGGAGUGUGUCCAGAGAAAGGAACAGAGCUGGGGAAGGGUCUGGAGCACAAAGAGGAGCUGAGGGAGCUGGGGGGGCUCAGCCUAGGGAAAAGGAGGCUCAGGGGGGACCUUCUUGCUCUUUGCAACUCCCUGACAGGAGGGGGGAGCCAGGGGAGAUUCAGACUCUGCUCUCAGGGAACAAGGGACAGGACAAGAGGAAAUGACUUCAAGUUGCACCAGAGGAAGUUCAGGUUGGAUAUUAGGAAAAAUUCCUUCUCUGGAAGAGUGGUCAGGCAUUGGAUGGGGCUGCCCAGGUGGUGGAGUCAUCAUU